AUGGGCAGCAUUCGCCGCUCAAAGACCAAACGCCGUACUCGGUCCGAGACCCCUCAAUCCAAUCAACCCACUCAAUUGCUAACAUCCUUCACAUCUAGGGACUUGGAUCAAGUCAAGGCUGAUCUCAAGUCACCAAAGCAUCUCUUACGCCACAAGUCCUCCAAGGCUAAUGAAGAUCUACCGGCUCUGGGAGCUUUUUAUUGCACUGAAUGUGCCAAGUAUUUCUCCGAUAGUCACAAUCUGAAUGAGCAUCGACGAGGGAAGCAACAUAAACGACGGGUGAGGAUGUUGAAAGAAGAGGCGCAUAGCCAGAAGCUCGCAGAUGCCGCCGUUGGUUUGGGUCCUGAUGACCGCCGGAAGCAACGGCCAACCGACGAAUCACACUCAACGGCCAUGGAAGACAUUGUUUGA